AAACCUUGGGUUUGCAAACCUCCUCAUUCAUUCAAGGUUUGCUUCAGCAGGAAGACAAUUGCGGCAAAGCCUUCAUGAGAAUGUUAACUACAGACUCCACCUUUCCAGUUGGCGAGGGAGAAAACCGUGUAAAGCACCAAGAAAAAUGUCUCAGGAUUAUCUUAUUUAUGUCUCCUACUAAGCUUUUCUGCUGGUUUGCAGUGACUAUCGUCCUCACUGUGGCUUUUAUUGCUAUGUCAGUGAGAAAGGAAAAAACAUGUACUACAAACCCUGAAGCUGGUCAUGCCAAUUGCUCAAGAGACUGGAUUGGAUUUGGAAGUAAAUGUUUUUAUUUUUCUGAAGUUACAAGUAACUGGACAUCCAGCCAGACCUCCUGCAUGAUUCUAAAGGCCCAUCUAGCUCAAUUUGACAGCCUGGAGGAGCUGGAUUUCCUAAAGAGACACAAGAAUGAUUCUGCCUACUGGAUUGGCCUGCACAGGAAGUCAUCAGAGCAUUCUUGGAGGUGGACAGACAACACUAAAUAUAACAACUUGGUUCCCAUCCGAGGAGAAGGAAAACGUGCCUACCUGAUUGAUGACAAAAUCAGCAGUGGCAAGAACUACAUGCCUAGGAAGUGGAUUUGUAGCAAGCCCAAGAGCUAUACUUUAUAGUGUCCAGAAGUUUCAUAGCUUGUGUCAAAGAUAUCAUGAGAGACCUGUAA